AUGGACCAAGUACCAAAGAGGUGUAUAUCCACUUUAAAUAAUUUUCAAUUCGAUUUUAAUAAAAAAUCCAUAUGCAAUUGCAGAUUCAUUGGCGAACUCUUUAGAAAUGGUGCUUUUCCUGAAAAAGUUAUUUUGUCAUGCAUUACAGAUUUAAGUAAAGAAAAUGAUGAAAAUAAUGAGCUACAAAUGCAUUGUUUAUGUACAAUACUACAAUUAGUAGGACCAAUAUUAUCAAAAACACAUGAUUUGAACAAACCAGUUAAUAAGCUUGUAUCCUCUAUAAAUAACCAUGGUAUGCCAUCGACACUACAAUGUUUAAUACAUCAAGUAAAAAGAAUGCAUUCCAAGGGUUGGAUAAAUGAGGGUAAUUGUUUUUAG